GCUCGCUAACAUUCGUUUCUAAACGAAGCCGUUUUCGCACCCAGCGACAAUUUUGCAUGUGUAGUGAACAGCGGCUUCACGUCUAUAAACCUUCAGAGCUGCGAGAAACAAAAUUUACUCCUUUUCUUCUUCCUUUUCCACUCCGCUGUUCAUCAUGCCUCUCGUGAGUGCGGAGAACGAUGAGAGCUUUGUCGCUGAGGUGGCCGACGAGGUUCGUGCGACGAGCACGCGCAUGAACGAACACGUUUGUGCCAUGCUUGAGGAGUAUCUGCACCGUCGUUUAGGGCAGGUGCGGUGCGAGAUGCAGCGGGAGUGCGACCGCCAAAUUGAACAUGCGAGGGAGGAGAUUGCGGCUGUGCAGGCCGAGAAGGCUGCGGAAGAGAAGCGGCACGCAUCUGCGAAAAAGCAGCUAGCCGAAGCGGCUAAGGCUCUACAGCAGAGGGGUGCAACGGCGCAGCUGCUGGCGUGUUUCGUAAACUGGAUGCGUGCCGUAGAACUCCACAAGGAACGACGGCGGCUUGCCGAAGAAGCUAAUCGACACCAAGAGCGUUCAACUACGUUCCAAAGGUACUUGCAAUGGCGCCUUUUCGCGGCCGCUCGCCGCAGCGCGCAUUUGGCGGCGGUUGAACUUCACGAGAGAGACUGCCGUGAGCAAGAGCUGCAAGGACAGAUUGACGUCUACCAAAAAACGCUUCGAGAGGAGCAGGAAAACAACGAAACACUGAACGAAAAACUGAAGGAGGCAUUUGUGCGCGGAAUGUGCGCUCUCAAUCGUGAAGCGGUACAAGUGCUCCACGGCGCCGACGACAAGCAGGAGGAUGACGUGGAGGCAAUCGCUGAGAUUCUCAGCCGUGAUAGCCCGUCUCGAAGAAUAUCGAUACCGCAAAACAAGACGGAGGACACUCCCCAUUCCAACACUCACCAGCACCCAUCUAUCUGCCCUGUGCACCAAGUUGACCGCAGCGGUCAAUUCUACCACCGUUGCUUCGCACCUGGGUACUGCUCAUAUGACGACCGCCGCCCGCGCUCGCGAACACCGCCGUCAUCGAGCGUGUCCUCUGCGCCGCCGCCCCCGUUUGUAGUGCGCGCAGAUCCGCGGGCUGUACGGAGCUUCAACGCCACUUCUUCGGUGCCGCUGCGACAUGCUGAGAAGCCACCUCCAUCCCGCUGGAAGCUGUAA